CUGUUCCAGUGUGGCUGCGGCGCGAGGCUCUAGGGGGGAGCGAUGGGAAGUGAGAGGCGGGCAGGCCCCAGGGGAGUGGCGGUGUCGCUGAGAGGACUUGUAUGCCAGGCUGGGGAAAGAGUUCUGGAUUUUGUCUGACUGCCCCCCGGGUGUCAUUUUAUACCAAGGAGCCACAUCAUCAGACAGACGUACCCCCUGAAAGAUUCCUCUGGGGGUGAUUGGAGGGCCGCAGGACCGGGUUAAGGGACCAGUUAGUUAGAAGGGGCGGGAGGACAGGAGAGGUCUCGGAAGACUCAGUCCCUGGAUUUGUUGGCCAUGUCAUAGAAGAGGAAGGGAAACGGAGGAAUCUGUAGGGAUGGCGCGAUCUCCGGCUCGGGCUGGUGCACGGAAAGCACCGCCACUGAACACAGUGAGAAACAGCAGCACGGGGGACCGGUGUUGCAUGGGAGCGAGGUUAGCCAAUGAAUUGCAUAUGCCAUCUCUUCCCGAAAUGAUGUUUGGAGACAAUGUUUUAAGAAUCCAGCAUGGUUCUGGCUUUGGGAUUGAGUUCAAUGCUACAGAUGCGUUAAGAUGUGUGAACAACUACCAAGGAAUGCUGAAAGUAGCCUGCGCUGAAGAGUGGCGGGAAGGCAGGACGGAGGGUGAACACUCCAAGGAGGUUAUUAAGCCGUACGAUUGGACCUAUACAACGGAUUAUAAGGGCACGUUACUCGGAGAAUCACUCAAGUUAAAGGUUGUGCCUACAACAGACCAUAUAGAUACAGAGAAAUUGAAAGCCAGAGAACAGAUUAAGUUUUUUGAAGAAGUGCUUCUGUUUGAAGAUGAGCUUCACGAUCAUGGAGUUUCGAGCCUGAGCGUGAAGAUUAGAGUAAUGCCUUCUAGCUUUUUCCUGCUGCUGCGGUUUUUCUUGAGGAUUGAUGGAGUGCUUAUCAGAAUGAAUGACACGAGACUUUACCAUGAGGCUGACAAGACCUACAUGUUACGAGAAUAUACAUCACGAGAGAGCAAAAUUUCAAAUUUAAUGCACGUCUCACCUUCCCUCUUCACGGAACCUAAUGAGAUAUCACAGUAUUUACCGAUAAAGGAGGCAGUUUAUGAGAAGCUAAUAUUUCCAGAAAAAAUUGAUCAGAACCCUGCAGACUCACAAGAAAAUACACCUGUGGAAUAGAAUGUGAUGUACCAUGUCCUCAUUGUGGAAUCUGACUGGAGACCUUGGCUUUUUGGACGGGGGUAUUUUUAUUAUGAGAAUUCAUUGCCUUGUCUAUGUGCAGAUUUUCUGUAGCCUUAAAGGAAAACCAAUAAAAGGUUGUCGCAGGUAGGUUCCAUUCAUUCAAUAGCUGUUUGUACUGUCUAUCUUGAAAUUCAUAUUCAGGAUUUAUAUUUCCUGCAGUUAGAUUCGGAUUUCUAAAUUGUCACAAAGUGAGAUGUCACCAGAAGGGAUGUGUGUGUCUCAUGAGCAGUGGGCAUAACCUGCAUCCAUCAUGAAACACUCUUCUCCCGUGAGGAGGUUCAGUGUGAUUCCUGAAUCGCCCGUGACCUUCAUGGGGCUGCUGACAGUGCACGUUGACGGACCAGCUCUUCACCUGGGCUUUGUGAUAUUUCUUCACACUUCUGGAGGCAUGACUGGAGGCCUCCUAGGAAAUUGACCUCAUACUUAAUGAUCUUCACCCACAAAAUAAAAAAAUAUAUAUGUUUCCCCCCUAAAUUUAAAUUGGCUUUUGAAGUUGAGAGGAAGUUUCAGACAUAGAACCAAUUAGCCUAGUUUUUUGGAGAACUUCAACUAUUGUGUCUGUGGAGACACGUGAGCGUGGUUUGGCCCUGACAACUAGAACGUCAGAGCUGUCUUUCCACCAUCUCUAGGUGCUUUUUCUAUGUGGUUCUACUUGUACUGACACUUUUUUACUUCUGUCUUCCAUGUGACCACAGAGUGGAUAAAUUCAUCGAAUAUUGAAGUUGGUAUUGGCCCUAAAAAGUUUGAAGAGUUAAUAUGGAUUGUUUUUAGCACACGUUACAUUGACUCCUAAAGCAACCAGAUUAAUUUUCUGCUUAAAAUACUUGAGAGGUAGCUGUAGAGGAGGAGGGGGCUUAUUUUUAAAUAUAAAAGCCAGUUUUUCUAUUUUAAGAUUCAUGUUUUUAACAUUCUAGGGGAUCCAGUAGGGUGUAAUUAAUUAGUACAAGACCUUGGCAGUAUAGAACGUACACAGAAAUAGAUUUCAGAUCUAUUUGGUUAUUUUGAUGAUGACCCUUUAAACAUUUUAUAUUCUUUUCUGCCUUUCUAAGUGGGCUUCCAUAAAGUGGAAAAUGGUUACAAAGGACCAAGUAAAGAGUUACUUGAAAUGGAUUUUUUAAAAUGAUUUUUUUAAAGGGCAGGGGAAAAAAUAUCACCCCUUAUUUCUGGUUUGAAAUAACUAUUGUACAUAUUUCCACUUGAUGGAUAAAUCAUUAACUAAGAAUAUUUAAUUAAAAAGUAUUAGCAAAGCUCUUCAGAUAUUAGCCUGAAGAUAAAUUUUACUGAAACAAUACAAUUAGAUAUUCAUUCAUUACUGAAACUCUGGUGUGCUGUUGUGCGUGUUGUUGUUUAGCUGAUUUUAUUAGCUAAAUUUGGUCACAAAUGGUUUGGUAUUCAUCUGCCUUCUGCUGUAUCACCUGCAAGGGAGAAGAAUUCAGGACUUCGUUGACUUCACACAAAACGUGGCAUGUUUCUGUAUAUUACAUACACCUGUAUUUAAUGUUUUCUCUUAGGACAGGCAAGUGUAUAUGUUGUACUCAGCUUUCUGUUUUAUUUGCCAUGUAGAUUUGAACGGAACAGCUCGUUAUUCAGACAAUUAUAAGAAAUGAGAAACGUAUAAGAAUAAUCAUUAGUCGGAGUUUCUGGGAACAUCAUAUUAUAUAUAUUUUACCUUGAUUGAGAUGUCUUAGUCUUUGAUUUAGUCUUAGAUGACUUAUUUUGAGAAUCCAUUGUUAAGCAUUGUAGGGAAUGGAAAGAAUUGACGUUUUUUUAUUGAGGGUGGGUGGGUGCAUAGAAGAAUGUACAUUACUUCUGAAAAUUUCAUGAGUUUAUUCAUGCGGAGAAUACUGAAAAUCUGUAUUUGCCCAUUGCUAAAUAAGACUAUACCAUUUUAUAUUUAUUUGUCCCAAGUGUUUUUUUGUAAGAGGAGAAUAAACAAUAAGGAAUUACUGAUCUA